AUGGCUCCCAUUAUGGACAUCUUCUCCGUGGGCUUCUUCCAGCGCUCCGGCUGCUGUAGGGGUCCCGCCGCGGGCUGGGACUGUGAGCUGGGUUUCGGGGGCGAGGUGGUAUACGGCGUCGCCGCGCUGAUGUGUUCCGUCUGGCUUGCGCACCAAUUCGCGUGGGCAGUGGACGUGGACUUCAAGCUGCCGUACGUCGUUGUACGGCAGCUGGCAAGUACGGCGGUGCUCCUUAUUAUUGAAUGGUUCAUUCGUCCCUUGUAUAACAAGUACGGGGUUCAGUUCGUGUGGAUGCUGCUACUGGGGCAUCAUCCUCACGUCUACACCCCACGUGAUGCACUGCCGCCGCCGCCGCGGCAGCGGCGGCGGCGGCGGAAGGACGACGAGACCAGGGCCGACAUGAAGGCUGCGGCGGCAAACGGCUUUCCUUCAUUUUCGACUGCGGCGGCAGCGCCAGCAGUAGCAGCACCUUCAACGGGAGGUACCGUCAGCGUACGGCAGCGGCAAGCUGCGGCAGCGACAGCGGCGGCGCUACCUCCGCUGACGUCGCGGAGCGGCAGUACAGCUACGACCAAUUGCCAAGGAGCUGGCUCGGGGGCGGUGCGGGGGUUGUCGGGUUGCGAACACUCCGCUGCUGUCACCGCCGCGGCCGCCACGACGGCGGCGUCGUACGGCAGCGGAAGCGGCAGCACACAAGGCCGUACGAUAACGGUUAUAUCUGCUGCGCCGACGGCAUCUGUUGCUGCGCCCAUGGCCAUGACCUCGCCUUUGGCUUCGGCCGUAUCCUCAUCGUUGGACAAUGGUGGGGAUGGUGGUGGUUUCGGAGCGGGACAGCUCCCACAGGAAGCGCCCGGGGCUUGCGCCACUGCUGACGCUGACCCCGGUCCAGUGCCACCGCCGCAACAGCACAGCGGCCCGGUUUUGCUGCAGCCAGCAACAGCGGCCGUCUCGCCGAAUGCGGAACGACAGAUUUGCCGUACAGUUGAUGCCGAGGUGGCGCCAGCGGAGCCAAGGCCGGCUGCCGGCAGCGACCGGCUCAGCAACUUGGCGAAGCCAGAGUCGUACAUGGCUUUUCAUCGUACAACGGUUGCGGCAGCCGCCGGCGGCUGUUCUGCCGCCGCGGCGCAGCUGCUUGGUACGACGGCGACGCUGGCGGCGCCAGCCGCCUUUACGGGCACUACCUUGGCGGCUGCCGCCGCCGCCCGGCCGCUACGCGGCUAUGUGGGUCGUACGAGGCUUUUGAGUACAACGGUGAAGAUCCGCGGGGUACAUUUGGCGGAUGUGCCGGCCGGCUAUCAACAGCGGAUUGCCGCGGUGUUGGCGGCAGCAGACCUUGAGCUGGAGGGCGUGUACCUGAGGGCGGGCUGCAUUGAGCUGGUGGUCGACGCGCGAAGCUGGAAUGCGAGGCCUGGCGGCGACGCUGCCGCCGCCGCCGGCGCUGGCGACGUCUCACGCCGUACUCAGCGCAGCGGCUGGGCCGAGAUCCACGUGCCUGGCCGGGCCGAGAGUGGUGCACAUCCGCCGCCGCAGGGGCAGCAUGGGCCCGGCGGCGGCGGCGGCGGCGGUCAGCAAGCAGCCCUCGCGGUGGAAGCUAGCGGCGGUGGCGACGACAAUAACGGCAGCGGCAGCAAUCCGCACCAUGUGAAACUGUUAUCGGCGGCGGCGCUGGCGGCAGCGCCGCCGCCGCCACCAGUGCCUCAAAUGUACGACAGUGGCAACGGUGCUGCUGGUGGCGGUUACGGCCUCGGUGGCGGCAAGGCGGUGGAUGUGGGAGAGCUCAUCCGAGCGCUCCAUCUUCGACAGGAUGGACUGUCCGUGGAGCAUUCUGGAAGCUUGACGGACCUCUGUCGCGAGUCAGAUGACGUGCUGACGAGGAAUGGUGGCGGCGCCGCCGCCGCGGCGGCAGCGCCGCCGCCACCUACGUGGGAGGCAAAUGGCAGCGACAGUAUCACAAUGGACCCAUCGGCCCCAGUCGUACAAGGCAUGAAUGCAGCAACGGCUGUAGCCGCUGUCCCCUUGCCGCCACAGCUGCUCUCCGUGUCACCACGUGUACUGCAGACACGGUCCGCUGCCGCCGCCGCCGCUGCCGCCGCCAGCAGCGCCACAACAAUCGUCGAGUUGGUGCUACUCGUAGCGUGUCCGGGCGAUAGGGUUCCGGAGCUGCUCGUCCGUAGCCACGGCGCCUUCAUUCCCGGGACGGUGACCAGUUGCGUGUCGGUGGGAGCUCCCGCCGGCGUCAGCCUUCCAUUGCGUGACGUGUUAAUGUGCACUGUGGCGCUGCCGCUGGCGGCGCUACCGGAUGAACCUGGAGUGCUAAUGGUGGAGGUUCGCUGGGCGGGGGAGACCCACGGGUCGGCAUUGCCACUGCUGUUGGCGGACGACGCCGCGCUAGCGGCGGAGUUACAGGCCGCCGUGGAAGACUGGCGGGGGCCCCCCCUGGAGCUUGAGGACUUGCUGCUGGACUUUGCUUGCUUCCUCUUGCAUACAAAUUGCAUGCUGCGUCCCACCGCAGGGGGAGCGCUGGCUGCGUACGACGUGUACGAUAGCUUUAUAUACGAAGGCGCGUCGGCACCGUUUGCUGUUAUGCGGGAUCGGGUUUCGGAGCUGGGACUGCACAUGCUCGCUUGGAUGGACAGCUGCUUGUCGGGCUGGGGCUGUGCCAUGCGGCGCCUGCAGACUAGUCUGGCGGCCCUGGGGGUGAGCUCUGCGGCCAUCGAGGAGGUGCGCAGGGCCGCCCAACAGCGGGUGUACCAGCACCAGCACCAGUACCAGUACCAGCCGCAACAACUUGCCGACCAGCAGCACUUCCCACAACUCCCGCACCGUGGCCAGUCCUACGGCGACUAUUAUGAGCUCGUCAACCAAGAACAGCAACGCCGUGGCGGCGGCGGCGGCGGCGGCGGCCCCGUACCCUCUCCACAUGACGACGAGCUGUACGACGAUGUCCGCUGUGCUGAUAACCGCAAGGCUGCCGGGCUCGCGGCUAGGCAGGUGUUCACCGCCGCUGCCGCCGCCGCCGUCGGCGGCGGCGGCGGCGUACGGCAUGCGGUACACGACAUGCCCGCGGCGACGCCGGGGGCCUCUGCGCCCCUGGGUUAUAUGCCUGGAACUCUAACGCUACAACAAUCGCAUCAGCGGGAGGAGCGACAGACUCGUUCGUUAGCAGGCACCAGUAGUACCAUCUCCCAGUUACCUGCCGGCGGAGCCGCCCCAGCUUCCGCAGCAUCAGGUCCUACGGCAGCGGCGUCGUACGGCCCCGUGGCCGUCACAGCUGCGGCCGCCGCCGGGCAAGUACACCCGGCAGGCCUGGGAACGAUUUCCUCCGUUUCCCCCGCCGCCUCCUCCCGCUCGCCCUCGCCUUCCUCCUCCGCAUCCUCGUCAUCGUCGUACGUGUCAACCUGUUCAACGGCGUCCUUGGCGCAUGUCGUACCUGCCGGGCAGUAUGAGGCAUCUACAGCCACCACAGCUACAGCCACCACAGCUACAGCCACCACAGCUACAGCCACCGGCACCGACAUGAUAACGCCAACCACUACGGUCGCGGCGGUAGCCACAGUAACAUGUACGGCUACAGCUACAGCCGCUCAAACGCUUACAUCCACUUUUAGUAAAUCGCCGUCCAAAUGUGGUGGCGUUGGGAGGAACGACCCACGGGUCGCGUCCAACAAGUGGUUCACGAAGUCCAAGAAGAAGAAGAAGCAGCAGCUGCCAGAACCUGAGCAGCAGCCUGCACCGUUAUCGUCUUUCCUUCAGCUAAUUUCCGACGCAGCCCGGGGAGAGGCGGCGGCGGCGGCGGCGGCGAGGUGUCGAUGUGGGUCGGCGGUGGGGUUUCGCCGGCGCGUUACGUGGGCCGUACGGGCCGUACAGGAGGAUACGGCGGCAGCCGGUGUGAAGGGAGUCCUACGGGUCGCUUUGGACUGGGGCCGCGCUGUUCGAUCAGAGUACUCGUGCCUUGUGGCGGCUGGCUAUCGUGCAUUCGUGGUCGAGUACACCGCGCAGAUGGUGUAUGCAAUCAACAUCUUCACGACGAUCUGGUUCCUCAUCCUGGCCCUGCCGCAGCUGCUCAUGUCCAGCCUGGCGGGCUGCCUGAUUGCUUGGGGCGGCGUUCCGGCUGCAGCGGGGUUUCGGAGCUAUCAGCUGAGUGCAGCGGCUUUUAUCGUGGAUGGCAUCGUGCACAUUGCGGCAUCGAUGGUCCGGCCCACCCCGGCACUCCUCGUCGCCCUCGUCCGCAUGCCCGUGCACAUGGCCACGUGGACCAAGCUGGGAGGUACCUUCGGCUUCCGCUGGGCUGUCGUACGUGCCGCCGCCUUGGCGUGUCUCUCCGUAACGGCCAGCGUCGGCUGCCACGCCUACCUGCUGGUGGGGGUGUACCGCCGGAGGUACGGCAAUGCAGCCGCCGCCGCCGCCGCCGCUGCAGCUAAUGUAGCCGCUUCGACGGCGGCUGCGCCGCCGCCGCCAGUGGCGGCAUCGCGGGAGCUUCGUCCGAAACGGGAAUGA